AUGGAAAUAAAUCAGAAACUCUUUUUGUCUUUGACAUCUCUAGGUUACACUGAAACUCAAGUAAGAAAUGCUUUAGAGAUCUCUAAUAACAAUAUUACAGAAGCACGACAGCAUCUCUUUACAAAUGUUUUCUUAAAUAAUCAAGACAAAAACACUCUUCAGUAUCUCAAUGAAAUUGAAAAAGAUAUAAUAAAUGAUGAGGAACCAAAUAAUGAAAUUCCCGAUUUUAUCGAUUCCAAAGAGCUAAUCAAAUUUGUCGCUGGAUUUGCAUUUUGCAGAUUAAAAUUUUUACGUCAAUCCAUUAAGGUUAUAACAUACUUAAUUCAGAAACAAGAAUUAUUUUUAGAAUUCAACGAUAGUGAUGAUUAUAUUAAAGCAUUUGUUCAGUCUGUUAAUCAAUAUUUACAUAAUGAUACAACUAAUAUAUACUCACCAUAUUUCUCAUCUUAUCCACCACUGGAUCACUCUUUUUAUGAUAAUUUAAUCAACGAUUCAUUAGAUGUACCAAAAUAUAAGGGAUAUAAUAUCACUUUUAUCGGAGAAGAAAAAAACAUUCAAUUAAAAUAA